CGAAGUUGUCUUCAUAAAUAAGCAAGAUUUCAAGUGUUUUGUGUCAAGUUUAAAUGUUGCUUUUCCUUAAGUGACCCUCCAGAUUGGCAAACUCUACUAGAGGGCUGUAGUCAUCUAUUAGCGACUGUUGGUGAUGACGUGCCCGAUGAAAAUCUGUAUAAACUCAGAAUGACGGACAUGGCUGUCGAUGCUUCAGUUCACCUAGGACACUGGGAGGAAGCUGUGGGAUACGGGGAGAAAACCCUUCCAGUAUACAGACAAUACUACCCUGAUCCCCAUCCGGUCCAUGGAGUCCAGCUGAUGAGAGUCGGAAAGCUGCAACAUUACCUGGAACACAUUGAGGACGCUUUGGACACAUUCAAACAGGCCUAUCGGAUCGUAAAGCUCACUCACGGUGACGAUCACCCCAUGACCACCGACCUGUUGAUGAAGAUGGAGGAAUGCCGCUCUGAGACGGUUCAACGCUCCUCCAGCAGCCACAAAAAAGAAAAAAAACUCUGACUGGACUCAUGUACACUUCACUUGGAAGGGGAUUUCACUUUGUGUCUUGAUGUCAUAUAGUCUAUAGAUGUUAUUAGUGUGUCAAACCCAAACCUCAGAUUUAUGAUAUGGACAGAAAGUAGAGAAAUACACAUUUUACUUCUGUAAAUUAUACAUGAAUGUCCUGAUGUCUACCACAUACAUAAAAUGAUCCCUAUUUUUCUCAGUUCAAGUUUAUUGAAAUACAAAUUGUGUGUGUGUGUGUGUGUGUGUGUGUGUGUGUGUGUGUGUGUAUUUGUGUCUGUCUCACAGACAAUGAGAGAGAAUGGAGACCUGUCGGCCUCUGUCCCCUGCGUUUUAUCUUCACAUACCAUCUAGAUGGGUAAUCUCAUGUCCGCAGUUGUGUGUGUGUGUGUGUGUGUGUGGGUGUGUGUGCAUGCGUGGGGGGUUGUUUUAGUAAAGUCAGGUUUUCAAAACAUCCAUCUUUCCUAUAUACAUAUCCAUCACACACACUUCCCAUGUUAAGCCCUGUGUUUGUGUGUUACAAGUUAAGCCCAGAGUGUGUCUAUGAUGGAAUGUGGUGAUGAGUUUCUCACACACACACACUUCCCAUGUUAAUCCCCAAAGUCUAUCGUUAGCAAACUAAUGACGGCAUUUCCCCUCAGAGGGGAACCCUGUGUGUGUGUGUGUGUGUGUGUGUGUGUGUGUGUGAUGGUUAUGUUUCUAAAAGGUUUUGCUUUAAUGCAACUAAGUCAACAUGUUAGAAACCACAAAUCCAUCAUUUGUCCUGGAGUAAACUUUUCUCUGUUCAAGAUUAUUCGGCGUAAAAAAAGUUGAAUAAUUCUAAACAAUAAUUACAAAAUGACAGAAGUUACCGCUCCUUUUAAUAUCCCUCUUCAUAUGUGUGGAAGAAAAAAAGAAAAGGCUUUCAUUAAUUUCAUCUUGAAUAAUGAAAUGAACUGAAUGUGAAGAUUGAAUGGAGUCGUGCGGUAAUGAAACUGGUGACUGAAUGCUCUGUGGACGUCUGUCCUGCUCUACAAUACUUCUGUUCCUACCUCCAUUACUCACUUUAGUUGCUCUGUUGCUUUCCGUCCCUCACCCUCUCCCUUUCUCCCCUCUUACCUCUUAACUGCUAUCAAAUUAGAUUUACUAUCGCUUAAGCAUAACCCUCCGUCUCCCCCCUCUCUGUCACUCGCUGUCUCUGCCCCAUUUUCUGUCUCUCUCACUCCCCAUAGGCUUUCAAAUUAAAAUCACUAUUCAUCGGUGUCGCUCUCUCGCUGCAUGUCUCUGCAGGCAGCCUGAGCCAAUCACAAAGAGGAACCCGUCUUCAUUCGCUCACCCUCCUGCCAUUUGCUUUCCCCCAAUUUCAAUUUUCCCUGUUAUUUCGGAGACACUCCUCCUCUCUGUCUCCCCCUGAACCACCUCACUUUGACACUCUCCUUGCUAUCAUCUCUCACUCUCUGUCUCCCUCCCUCCUCUGUAUCUUCACGUCCGUCUAUUCUUAUUGUGCGCUGAUUAUAUUGUAGUGACUGCCUCUAUUGUAGCUCCCAGGACACAUUUAAACUUUGCUAUGAACCCUUGUUGAGCUGAAAGUUGCUUGUUUCUUUUGUAAGGACUUUAGCCGGGUUAGCGACACGGCUCUGGGGAUGUUCGCCUGCCUGUCAGUCGGUCUGUUGGUCCAACACUUUGCUCCAGACUUGUCAUGAAAUGUGGCACAAACCUUCAUGGUCCCCAGAGAAUCACUCCUCCUGACUUUACAGCUUGUGCAGAAAUGUGGUUGACAUUUGUUGUUUGGAGGGAAAUGUCUCAAUAACUAUUGGAUGGAUUGCCAAUAAAUAUGACAUCAUUGUAAUCA